GAUGAACUAAAGUAGGCUUAUCCUCUAAUACGUAGCAAGGUAAAUCGAUUUUUUCCCGUGUAGAAAUUAUCAGAAAUCACAGAGAUGUUACAAGAGCACAAGUCAGACCUAGACCAUUUAAAAUAACUUGACAGAUGGCCACGGAGCACAACUAAUCACAAUUUCUAACAAUCUUCCAGGCAUAGAGAAAAAGUUGAUGAGCUGCCAAUUCGAAGUAGGAUCUCUAACAAGCGAUCUUAAGUCAAAGGCAGAAAACGCAGAUUUGAGAGACUUAAGAGAAUUUAUAGAAAAUGGCUAUCCCACAAAGGAAGACCUAGAAGCUGUCUCUAGCAGAUUUAUCAAUUACACAAAGAUUAAUCUCACUAAUAGCUUAAAGAAGGAACUUAGCGAUUUUAGUGAAGACGUUAAGUCUCAUUACCUAUCAGAGGAUAACGUUAAAAGUCUUUUCAAGAUGCUUAGAGAUGAAAUUUAUGAAAAUUUUAGCCAGAAGAAUAAUGUCAAACAUGAAUUUGAAGUGUUAGAGAACCAAAUUCCUUCAAUCGCAGAUGAUAUAAAUAAACUCAAAGCCACGACCACAAAGCAUCUAAAGGAAAUCAAUGGGAUGGCUAAAGAAGUCGAAUGUAUUGAUGUAGCGUUGAAAAGGAAAUGUGACUUGGACGCUUUUGACUCUUUCAAAAUGAGUAUAAAAUAAUUACACCUCAGCCAGCCAGAUGGAAGAUUUCACACAGGAAAUUGAGACCAAAGUUCAGGAGAUCACUGAAGGGCAAGAUACUGCCGUCCAAGAGAUGCAUAAACUCUCCAGCAUUAUCAAUAGAUUUGAUGAAAUUCUAAAUGAGAAAUGCUCUAAAAUAACAGUUGAAGAGGUAAAAGCGAGCAUCGCUGAUUUUAUCACUCAAAAGCAAAAGAAAGACCUCCAAGAUGAGUUUCAAGAGAAAAUCAAUACCCUCAAUGAACACAUUUCAACCCUUGAAUCAAGAAUAAAGAAAAACAAUUCAGACACAAUGGGGACAGUUGAAAAUGCCAUAAAAUUGGCUUCUGCCCAACUAACUCACUCAAUUCUGCCUUUAAACAGCCAAAGAUAUUGUGAAAAUGAGGAUUUUAUCGAAUCAGGCUUAAAGUCAGAAUAUCCUACCCAGUUGUUUGAAGACCAAAAUAAAAUACAUAGAAAUAGCACUGAGAUUAUUAGCCCUAGGCUUAAUCAAAACUCACAUUCUCACAAGAAAAGCCUUGAUAAGGUUCACUCCUCCAAAGGACUUGGAACAUUUGGAGUUGAUUUUACCUCAAGAAAGGAUUAUAGGUCUAAGAGUAAUCUCAGGCUUCUGAACCAAUCAGACAUUAAUUCAUCAUUCAUGGUGAGGAACAAAAGAAGGAGCAAUAACUCAACUGUUCAUAAUUUCUCAAUCCUACAAUCACUCACGCCUAACUAUGCAGUACUUCAGAGUAAGGAGAUGAAGAAUCCUCUUAACAGUACAAUGGGAUGUAUUGAGGAUAACUCUAUCUACAUAAACAGACUUCAUCUGGACAAAUCCACUAAAAAGAAGGGGCCAAAGCACAGAUAUAACAAAAAAGAUAAGAUUAAUAUUAAAAACCUGGAGUCAAAGGCUUCUAAAAUCCUCAAGAAAAAUCCUAAAUAAACUAUUGAAAAACCCUAUAUCGAUUUCUAAAAUAAAAAUUAAGACUCAGAAGAAGGAUUCUGAUAGAGAUCUAUCCAAGAUUUCUCCCAGUGGAGAAGAGAAAAUAUCCCAAUGCUCCAGUGACGAUGACCCAAUGAGAGUAGAUUCAUCCCAACUUCCAAGCAUUCUCAGGAAGAAAUAUUAAAGAUUAAAAUGAUCAAGAGUUCAAUUUCAGCAAAAAUUAUU